AUGGCAAGGAACGAAGGGAAACAUUCAAACCUCAUGAAAUCCCUCAGGCACAGCGGGAAGAAGAAAAAGGGGGCAGCAGAGAUCGCACAGGACGUAGAAGAGCUGAACUAAGCCGAACAGCAGUGUAGGGAGUCUCUCAAGUCCUACUGGGAGGAAUGUAGACCUUGUCUUGAGGACACUUGUAAGAACUUCUAUAUCAACACCUGCCGCCGUCGAUUUGCUACCUUUAACAAUAAACUAUAGAACUUCUUCCAAAGGCUGAGCUCUCGCUUGGGCCCUUGUGAUGCUCAGGAUGAGGUUGUGCUGAACCAGAGCGCAGAGAAUCCUGACCUGGAGGUGGUGAGGAUUGAGGACUCCUUCAGCAACCUGCUCACCACAAUGGGAAGCCUGGUCAAUCAAGUCUCCCACUUCCACCAUGAGCUGGACCAGGCCCUAUGAACCGAGCUUCAGGAGAAUAAAGAGAGCGAGCUGGUGCUCAAGCCUGCCAACAAAGCUCUGGAUUCUGCCUUUCUGGAAGGUGUGGGACUGGAAGAUGUCUUCUUUGAUUUUGUUAGAAGUGUGUAGGAGGAGUUUGAGGCCGCAGUCACACAAGCCUUCAGUGAAAUUCAUGAUGCUAUGGAGAAGACAAAGGAGGAGAAAGAAUGCCCAAAUGUAAGAGAACUACACAUCGAGUUGGAUGAAGCCUCUCAGCUGUUGGAAGCGUCCAGGCAGCAGUGUGAAGAGGUGGUGGGCAUUGUGUAA